GCAACGAGUACUGGCGUUUCUCGUGUUAGGAAGGGAACAAGUUGCAAAAAAAAUUCUGUGGGUAUUUUUUUCCUCUUUUGUGUAGAUUAAUUUCCCAGAAAGGUUGUUGCUGCCUUUCAUUGUCGGUAUAGGUUAGUCAAAAAGAAUAUUUUUGACGACAAAACUUUCCAAAGCAGAGACAACGAUUCAGGUUUAAGACAGUUUAUGUCAGGAUGGCGCAGUGGAACCAGUUGCAGCAACUGGAGACCAGAUAUCUGGAGCAACUCUACCACCUGUACAGUGACAGCUUUCCCAUGGAGCUACGGCAGUUUCUUGCCCCCUGGAUUGAAAGUCAGGACUGGGCCUACGCUGCCAACAAGGAAUCACAUGCCACGCUGGUGUUCCACAACCUCUUGGGAGAAAUAGACCAGCAGUAUAGCCGUUUCCUGCAGGAGAACAACGUACUUUACCAGCAUAACCUGCGCAGGAUUAAACAGCAUCUGCAGAGCAAGUACCUGGAGAAGCCCAUGGAUAUUGCCCGCAUUGUUGCCCGCUGCUUGUGGGAGGAACAACGACUUUUGCAGACUGCCACCUCUGCUUCACAGGACGGCCAGGCAGCCCAUCCCACAGGGACAGUAGUGACAGAAAAGCAGCAAAUCCUGGAGCACAACCUUCAAGACAUCAGGAAGCGGGUGCAGGAUAUGGAACAGAAGAUGAAAAUGCUUGAAAACUUGCAAGACGACUUUGACUUUAACUACAAAACCCUGAAAAGCCAAGGAGAGUUGUCCCAGGACCUAAAUGGAAAUAGCCAAGCUGCUGCUGCGAGACAGAAGAUGGCCCAGCUGGAGCAGAUGUUGAGUGCUCUGGACCAGCUCAGAAGGCAAAUCGUGACAGAGAUGGGGGGCCUGCUGACUGCCAUGGAUUACGUUCAGAAGAAUCUAACAGAUGAAGAGCUUGCAGACUGGAAGAGAAGACAACAAAUCGCCUGUAUCGGAGGCCCACCAAACAUCUGCCUCGAUCGCCUUGAAACAUGGAUCACGUCCUUGGCUGAGUCCCAGCUCCAGAUCCGUCAGCAGAUUAAGAAGCUGGAGGAGCUUCAGCAGAAAGUGUCUUACAAAGGAGACCCAAUCAUUCAGCAUCGGCCUGCCCUGGAAGAGAAGAUAGUGGAUUUGUUCAGAAAUCUCAUGAAGAGUGCGUUUGUGGUGGAAAGGCAGCCGUGUAUGCCGAUGCAUCCAGACAGACCUCUGGUCAUAAAAACAGGAGUGCAGUUCACAAAUAAAGUCAGAUUACUGGUAAAAUUUCCUGAACUCAAUUACCAGCUGAAAAUUAAAGUUUGCAUUGACAAGGAAUCUGGCGAUGUGGCUGCAAUUAGAGGGUCAAGAAAAUUUAACAUCCUUGGCACUAACACAAAAGUCAUGAACAUGGAGGAAUCCAACAACGGCAGCCUGUCAGCAGAGUUUAAACACUUGACUCUACGUGAACAGAGGUGCGGAAAUGGCGGCCGGACCAACAGCGAUGCCUCUCUGAUUGUAACAGAGGAACUUCAUCUUAUCACCUUUGAGACAGAAGUCUAUCACCAAGGCCUGAAGAUAGAUCUGGAGACUCACUCCCUGCCUGUGGUGGUCAUUUCAAACAUCUGCCAGAUGCCCAACGCUUGGGCUUCCAUCCUGUGGUAUAACAUGCUCACGAAUCACCCAAAGAAUGUGAACUUCUUCACCAAGCCUCCAGUGGGAACAUGGGACCAGGUGGCUGAGGUUCUGAGCUGGCAGUUCUCCUCAACCACCAAGAGAGGCCUGACCAUCGAGCAGCUCACCACUCUCGCUGAGAAAUUACUCGGGCCUUGUGUCAACUACUCUGGAUGUCAGAUCACAUGGGCCAAGUUCUGCAAGGAAAACAUGGCCGGGAAAGGCUUUUCCUUCUGGGUGUGGUUGGAUAACAUCAUUGACCUGGUGAAGAAGUAUAUUCUUGCCCUGUGGAAUGAAGGGUAUAUCAUGGGUUUUAUCAGUAAGGAGAGGGAGAGAGCCAUACUGAGUCCAAAGCCCCCUGGCACCUUCCUGCUGCGCUUCAGCGAGAGCAGCAAGGAGGGAGGCAUCACGUUUACUUGGGUGGAGAAGGACAUCAGCGGAAAAACCCAGAUCCAGUCAGUGGAGCCGUACACCAAGCAGCAGCUCAACAGCAUGUCUUUUGCCGACAUCAUCAUGGGUUACAAGAUCAUGGAUGCCACCAACAUCCUGGUUUCGCCUCUCGUUUACCUCUAUCCUGAUAUCCCCAAAGAGGAAGCUUUCGGGAAAUACUGCAGGCCAGAAGCAGCUCACGAGCCCGACGCAGGAGGAGACUCGACGAGCACUAUCCAGCCGUACCUGAAGACAAAGUUCAUUUGUGUUACCCCGUGUCCCUCCGUGUUCAUGGACUUGCCGGACAGUGAGCUGCUUGGGAACGGAUUCCCAUGCACAAACUCUGGAAACACCAGUGACCUGUUCCCCAUGUCACCUCGCACCCUGGACUCCCUCAUGCACAAUACCGAACCUGAAGUUAAUCAAGGACAUCUGGGUGAGUUACAAAGUCUGCAUCAACACAUCUAUACGUUUAAGAUCUCAGACUCCGCGAAGAUGGAUUCACUCACUUUGGACAUGGAUGUAGCAUCACCGAUGUGAAAGUCAUCCUCAGCGUCUUUAGUUGCUUUCUUUUUGUUGGGAUCUGACGUAAUUUUUGACAACUUAAAGAUUGAUUUAUUUCUCUGUGUUCACAAUCUCCUUGUAUAGUUUGUUUCUAUGUACAAAUUACCAAUUUUCACAGAAUAAAAACAUUAAAAGUGUUAUUUUAAAAAAGAAAAGAAAAGAAGAGACAAUUGUCGGAAAUUUUAACUACUGCUUCCAUGUAUGAGAAGCUGUCGGUUUUUGUCUUUUAGGCAACAUCUUGCUUCCACUUCUUUAUGUUUUUAAAUAUCUUAAAACCUUUAAUCAUCAGAAAAAGUAUUUUUGAAAACUUUGACCUU